AUGCCUCCCAAGUACCAUGUAGGUCAGCGUGUCUCCUUCGGAUCUGCACUAUGCACUGUCCGAUAUAUUGGUCCGGUAGAAGGAACCGGUGAAGAAAAAGAAUGGCUUGGGGUUGAGUGGGAUGACCCUACACGUCUGAGCGGUUCCCAGACUGCGGGCUCUUUCGUGCGUUCAACUAGGCCCGCGGAUCCUGAACAGAGCUUCGUAGAAGCCGUUCACGAGAAGUACGCCACCGAGAUCACUACCCAGCUCACCCCGGUGGCUCUGGAUAAGCAGAUAGAGAUCUCUGGUAAGGUUGUAGAAAAAGUAGGCUUCGACAAGAUCAGAAAGCAACUCGCGCAGCUCAAUGAGUUGAAAAUUGUCUUAGUCGAUGGACUCCGUAUAAACUGCGCGGAGAAACCAAGUAGGACCAUUCGGGAAACGUGUCCCAAGAUUGUGGAGCUUGAUCUCAGUCGAAAUCUAUUUGAGGACUUUGAAGUGGUUGUGCAUGUAUGUGGUGGGCUUGACAAUCUUCGAACGCUGAAACUCAAUGGCAACAGAUUUGCUCCUGUUAAUUCGAAUGAAGGUCCAAGAAGUGAAUUUGACGGGGUCAGGGACUUGGAACUGGAUGACAUACUCGUGCCUUUCCCUGAGUUGGUGGGUAUUGCAAGGCAAUUCCCAUCCUUAAAAACUCUCACGGCGGAGUCCAAUUAUUUCACCAAAAUCCCUUGUCCACUGGAGGCACGGGAUUUGGUUUCCUUGACUCUCGACUAUAAUAAGUUCACUAGUCUUUCGGAUUUGUCUCCGUUAGCAUGUUUAGAUUCUCUUGAAACACUCCACCUUAAGGGAAAUGACAUAUCCAAGAUCACGCCUGUGACGGACGGAACUGGCAAGCCUAGUCCUACGACUCCGGAAACAUUAUGUGUGUUUGGGGCCAAGUUGCAGUAUGUCGACUUGUCCUAUAACGCUAUUGAUACGUGGGAAUUUGUGGAUGCAUUGCCAUCGAUAUUCCCUGGGUUGACUGCCUUGCGGCUUUCACACAACCCUAUCUAUGAAGGAAAUGCAAAGGGAAGCAGUUCAUCAACGGGUCCCGAAGAGGCCUACAUGUUUGCAGUUGCUCGUCUAAAAAACCUUAAGGCACUCAACUUCAGCACCAUCUCGACGACAGAUCGAACAAACGCUGAGAUGUUCUAUCUUUCACGCAUCGCCAAGGCGAUGGCAGAAGUACCAGAAAGCGAGGAAUACAGUGUGAUUGCUAAACAUCCGCGUUACGCGGACCUUUGCGAUAUAUAUGGACCUCCGGUCAUUGUUCGAAAAGUAUCUGGGACAAUCGACCCAAAUUUCCUCGAGGCCCGGCUGAUCAACUUCCAAUUUUACAUACCGAAAGGCCCAAACCAAGAAGAAGCAAUCACCAAGGAGCGGGAAAUCCCAAUAACGUUUGAUAUAUACCGAGUGAAAGGGAUUGUUGGGAAAAUGUUUGGCAUCCCGCCCCUGAAAACUCGAUUGAUAUGGGAAACUGGACAGUGGGAUCCAGUCGCUGGAUAUGAAGAGGAAGGCGGCAGUGAUGAUGAGUGGGAAGGGGCAGUAAUAGACGCACCACCGGAAGGAGCAGAUUCGAAUCCGGGCAAAUGGAUGGAAAGGGAAGUCGAGAUUGUGGAUUCUACCCGUCAGAUCGGCUUUUGUGUGGAUGGAAAUGAGGUUAAGGUCCGGGUGGAACUUCGACAGGAUUAUAGCAGCUAG